AAAUUGCAAUCAUUUAAUAAUUUUAUAUAUAUAACGUUCAGAUAAUAUCGUUUCGAAUGUCAUAUUUACGUAUGGCAGGCUGGCAUCUUUUAUCGAAAAAAAUGCAACCCUGGCUGUCAUCCAAAAAUUAAUAUCGGCAUAUUGUGGUAUGAUGUGGCAUGAAGCUAGUGUUCCAUUACUUGUUUUUUUUAUUAAUUUAACGUAAAGAAAAGAAGUGAAGUAAUUUUUGUUUUUUUGUUUAGAGAUGCAAGAUGCCGAACAUGUAUAAAUAUAUUUAUCUAAUAAUUGUAAUAGCUAUAGCAAUAAGAUACAAUUAUGCUUUGUCAGACGAAAGGCUUUGUGCUGACCCAGACUGUAAAACCAUAAUUUCACGGGGUAAAGCUAAACUGAAGUACAUGGCAGGGGCCAAAGGAAUGGUUUCAUUUAACAUACAUUCAGAUAUUCGCGUAAUGUCAAAGAGCGCAGGAUCUGAUAAAUCUUUAUGGGGAAUAGAAGUGAAUGGUCGACAAGGGUAUGCGCCCAAAAAUUAUAUAUUGGAGAGUACUGUUUAUGUCGCAGAUCAGGAUUUGAAGUAUGUAGUGCCAGUAACUAAAUCUGAUGAUGUGAAUUUAAAAAUAUCAGAAAAUGUUGAUACAAAACAGUAUAUUGAUUCCACUACAACAGCUCCCCUAGAGCAGCAAGUAUCUAGCAAAUCAGAUGAUGUUGCAAAUACAGUAAUUAAUUUCAAUGCGGAUAGCAAACCACAAGUAGCAACACCUGUACAAGCAAAUUCUGUGCAAAAUCCAAAUGAGCAAUUAGUCGAAAAAUUUGAUCCAAUCAGAACAGAAGACCAAACAAUUAGUAAAGAGCAAAAAAAUGUUUUGGACAAUGUUAAAGAAGAUGGCGUAAUUGUGAAUAGCGCUGAAGAACAAAAAAUUAUUGUAGAGAAUGCAAACAAAGAUCAUAGCCUUAAAGAUGUUAAUCCUGUGCAAUUAAAUUCUAACACUAUCGUAAACAGUACAAUUUCUGAGGAGAACCAACAAUCAAUCGAAGAACCAAAGGCUGAAUUAAAAAUAAAUGAAACAUCUGUGCCUAAUUUAACAAACAAUAAUGUAAAUGUAUCUUUUAAUACCAACACAAAUAGUCUGAAUUUUACUGAUAGUGGCAAAGAAACUUCAAUAUUAAAUAAUACAGAAACAAUUGAUCACCUUCACAAUAUUCAAACGAAAGAAAAUGAAAUUUUUGAUAAUUUAAAAGAAACAAUUAAUGCAGUAGAUGCUGCAAAAGUAGUAAUCGAUAAUAGUUUGGAAGAAAAUAUCUUGGUGAAAGCAGAAAAUAUCAACUCAGUUGAGAAUAAACCAGACAGAUUAAAUGAAGAUACCAGUUUGACACAUGAAGGCAUUAUUAAUUUACCGAAUGAACUUGUUAAAGAUGAACUUUUAAGCAACGUAGCAGAAGCACCGAUAGAAACAAAUGGCGUGCUUCAGAAUGUAAAUCAUUCAGAAAACAUUACGGUUGAACAGACUUCAAAAAAUAACUUAAAUAUAGACAAGUUGGGUAUUAUUAAUUCUAAUAUAAAUAUUAGCAUUGCAACCGAAACUAGUUUAAAUAAUGAUCCACUAACCAAAGAAGCGAGUCUUUCGAACGAUACAUUAAGUAGCGAAAAUAUUGAGAAAGUUUUUGAACAUAUUACCGAAAACAUAUUAAAUGUUGAAGCUGAAAGCACCGAUAACUUAAUUCAUUCCGAUUCAAAAACCAUUCUUUCCGAUGCAACUAGUAAUAGUGUAGAACAGCCCAGUACCGGCGAAAACUUAAAUAAUGUCACUGAUAAGAAUACAGUACUCAGUGCGCCUAAUAUAACAGAAAAUACUCUUAGUGAAAAUAAAAAUGAAAAUAGUGAAAUAGGUGUAGAUUCUAACGAACAAGGCAAUUUUGAAGUUAAAUAUGAAAUUAAUAAGGAAGUUGUUCAAAGUAUAACAACGCAAAAUGCAAUUAAUGAAAUUUAUGGCGAUGCACCUAAUACUACACCAACAUUGGAAGAUUUUUAUGAAGCCAAUACAAAAACAGUAGAUUUUAAUACUGAAGUUCCUAGCUUGUCUCCAGAAGUGUUAAAUAAGUAUGAAGAAUCAACUACAGAAAUUCCUGCGCAUCAAAAUAUUGAUCAAAAUGUGCACGAAUACAUGAAUGCAAAUAACCAAUAUAGCUCAGAAGUUAUAAAUACGAGCGAAGAAAAAUUAGUUCAGUCUUCCAGUGAAACAUUUGAGAAACAGACAGACCACAAUUUAGAUCAUGCACCUCAUCCCAAAGAAUAUCAAGUUGUUUCGCCACCAAAUGAAAUUGAAGAACUGAUUCCUGAAUCGGUAGAAACAGUUGACAGCACUCCGAUUGAAGUUUCUACAAACCUAAAUAGUAACGAGAAUAACUUACUUAAAAAUGAUUUAUCAAAUGAAAGACAAAUUUACUCUUCGGACCCAAUUUCAUCAACUUCAAAUCCAAAGCAUGAUUCAAAUUCAUUCAAUUCAAAAAAUCUGGAUGAUGUGGAAUAUAUUCGUGAGAAAGGACUUUUUGCAACUAUACUCAGUACUGUGAAUGGUUUAAUUUCAAAUAAUAAACGAGACAAAAAGUUAGCAUACAAAAAUAGGGAAAGUGAGGAAUCACGUCGAAAUGUAUGGUCGGAAAAGAAAUAUCAUGACAAUAGUCCACACGCAGGAGAACAAUACCAUUUUGCUGCAGAGGGCGGUUGUGAUAUUUUCAAAACACAGUCAGAUAAUAUUUUUGAUAUGUUUAUUAUAAAGUUAUUAGAGGCAAGUCAAAUGUUGGUAUGUCUUGCAAUAACAGCUGCUUCCACUCUUCUGUUUCUAUUUGGUUAUUACUGUUUUUGCAACAGCAGUCAAGAAGGUGCUUUGCUAUCUAAACUGAAUCUAUUAGAGCGAAGUUUAUUAGCCUUUAAUACGGAGAAUGACAUUUUAAAAGAUGACCUCAAGAUUACACGAAACAAAUUGCUUAGUAUACAAGAUAAUUCAUUUGGAGCCAAUGAUAUGGUGAUAUCAUUAAAAACUGAAUUAGAUGAUCUGCGGAUUGAAAAGAGUAAUCUGUAUGAUCAGGUUGCACGACUAGAAGAGGAAUUGGAACGUGCAACAGAAGACGGCUUAGAAUUAAAUAAAAUCGUAUCGGAGUUAUUGAGUAAUCAGACUGGUGAUGAGUCCAUAAUAAGCAGUGUGGAGGAAUUGCAGAAACAACUUAAUGAACAACAAGAUACUAUUUGUGAAAUAAAUAAGAAACUUGGAGAGAAAAGCCGUGAAAAUAGUGAACUGCAGUUAAUGAUUGUAGAGCAGAACACACGUUUCAGUUCUCAACUGGGGACAUUACAAGAGGACAAUGAUGAAUUAGAGGCAGAAAAAACGAGUCUGCAAACUCGCGUUGAAAGCUUAAAAAAAGAGUUUGAAGAGGACAUCACCAAAGCGUUGGAAGGAAAAAAUCUUGAAAUUAAACGUAUGCAAAGUGAAAUAUCUGAGUGGGCAAUUAAACACGAGGAAUCCAAUAUGAAGCUACAGACAAGUUUGGCAAAAAUUGAGGCUCUGGAAGAGUGCCUAAAAUCCUUUAAAAAGAAUCCCGGUACGAACAUGAGUGAAGUUAUGGAUUUUGUCAACAUUAGAGCAGAACUUUUAAGCAUUCAAAAGCAGAAUACAAAACUUACAGAACGCUUUGAAUCUGAAAGGGAUAAUAAACAGCUUUUAGAAACUCAGUAUAAAAUUGCACUUGAAGAUCUUGAAAGACUGAAGCAAAACUUUCACCAAUCAGAAAAAGACAAACUGGAAGCUCAGACACGUCUUGAAGUGUUGUCAAAUUACUUUAGAGAUAAAGAAACGCAAUUGCAAAAGGAGUUGAGUUUGAAGGAAGCAGUAUGGCUUAAGCAACAAGGUGAAACCACGAGUACUGUAGACAGAUUAACUACAAUGCAGGAGGAAAUUCAGUCUUUAAGGUCUCAAAAUGAUUCACUACGUGCAGAAAUUGAGGCUCAAAUGGCUGCAUACAAAGCUCAAACUGGCACUUUGGAAAAUCGCGCUCAUGAGACUUGGUUGGCCGCUCGACAAUCAGAAAGAAAAUAUGAAGAGGCACGUGCUGAAGCAGUUGCUUUAAGACGAAAGCUUACAGCAAUUGCUACAAGUAAUGUUAAUGAAUCAAUUUCAGGUGGUAAUCUACCAAAUGACUUAAAUAAUGCUCCUUCUCCAAUCCAUUUGGAAGCUCCAAGUUCUCCUUUACUUGGUCGAUUGCCACCACCACCAUUCCUUCCACCACCAUUUCUUGGUCCACCACCACCAUUUAUGAGUAUGCCACCACCCUUUGUUCAACCUGGUGAAAUGCGCCCAGCGCCAUUAGGACGGUUAAUGUCUCCUCCACCACCACCAUCAGGAAGUCCUCAACAUCAACAACACCAUGGCCAAAUACGUUUCGGUCGUUAUACUCCGGAACAUUUAAUGUAUGAUAAUUACUAUGAUAACGAAGAUGAUACAGAAAUAAUGCAUAGAAGGCGGCGUCGAAGUUGGCAUCGUGAUUCAUAUUCACCUGUUCGUACAUAUCGAUCGAAUUCACCAAAUGAUAGUCGUUAUAAUUAUACCACCGAUCGCGAUCUUCUAUCUAGUUACGACACAGAGACUGAUUUUAGUCCACCACCAAGUCCGAGAGAUCGCCGUUCUCGAGGCUCACCUACAGGGAGCUAUAAAGCGUACUCACCACAGCAAAACGUAUCGACGGAACUCCACAGUGAUAGAAAACCACAUAAAAGUACCAUGAGUUCAAGUUCGGAAAAAUCAUUCAAUUCUUCACAUAACGAAAGAAAAUGCAAAUCAAUGGUUUAACCGGAUUGUGUUCCUUGAUAAUUUUAAAUUAUUGCAAAAGUCAACAACAGCUUUACGUUUUAGUUAAUUAAUGUAGUUUAAUUAAGUUAUGAAAAUAAAACGCAACUCAAACCAUAA